ACAUGAAAACGCCUUCAUCUGUCACUGCUGAGCUGCUGGAGUUAAGAAUAAGUGACGUCAUGAAUCGUCAGUGUGUGAAUUGUCUGAAAACUCUGAUCACAUGUCUCAACUUUCUCUGCUGGCUGUGCGGCGCGUUCGUCGUAGCCUUCGGCGAGUUCCAGAUGAUGCACUCGAGGUUCGCGUCGCUCGUCACGACGUUCUGGCCGAUCUUUCCCGCCAACACUCUGGUCGUCACCGGCACCAUCGUCACCUGCGUUUGUUACCUGGGAGUUUUAGGAGGAAUGAAGGAAAACCGCUGCAUGCUCAUCACUUUUUUCGUGCUGUUGUUUAUCCUGAUGCUGGUGGAGUUGGCCAUGGCCUGUGUGUUCCUGGUCUAUAACAGAGAGAUCGACUCGUACUUUGAGAGAGACCUGACGAAAAGUUUGGAGAUUUACAGAGAGUCCAGUCCUCAGAGCAACAAAACCAUUAAAGACGACUUUGAUGCCGUUCAGCACCUGUUUCAGUGCUGUGGAGUUCACGGCAUCUCCGACUGGAAGGGAAACGUCCCGCUCUCGUGCUGCGUGGAGGAUCCGUGCGACGUCCUCGCUCACUCUGACUGGCAGGAGGGUUGUCUCCACAAACUGAGGGACUGGUUUGCCAGAAACUACCUGAGCACAGGAGCAGGCGUCGUGACCAUGUUCAUCAUACAGUUUUUCUGUCUCUGUGUCUCCGUCCCGCUCUUCUGCCACUUCAGCCGACACGGACUGGCUUACCAGUAAUAAAACUACAAUCAAAGAAAUAGACACUUUCUGCUUUACCCUGUAAAAAUAAACUAUAUACAUAUACAUAUACAUAUAUAUGUAGAAUUACAUGUAUUGUUAAGAAAUAAACUCUUUUAGUUUGGCUUUAAAACUAAAACAAUGACAUUUAACACGACGUCACUGUGAUCUGGUGUUAAACUGCAUUUUUUACACUCAGCACUUUUUCCAUUAUGUGCCAUUUUGGAGAAGAACAGAAAGAUGAAUUAAUACGAAACAGUUUUGUGAUUAUUUUGCUUUUAGUUUUUAUUGAUUUUGUCGAUAAAUGAGACGACUGAAAUUAUUGUUUGCAACAAUCAUCACACGUGCAGAGCUGAGUGUGUGUUUGAUAAAUGUGCCGAUUAAAACGUUUAUUUUCACUUGUA